AUGUGGAAAAGUCUCGAACUGUUCCUACUCUGCACGUUCCCUGUCCUCCUUUUCUGGUUCAUAUUCUACUGUAGCCGGAGAAAUGCUCAGCAGAACCGGAAGCCUUCAUAUCGCAUUGAAAAUCUCUCUGCCGUGUGCAACGGAAACGAUGGCUCAGUCAAAGUGACAUGGUCACUCAAUCCACCAGACAUUUUGACAAACUACUUCAUUUCUUAUCGGAAACAAUUUGAACCAACGAGCUGCAGUAGACUUUCCUUACUGCAGAGCUAUCAGCUCACCCGUGAGCAUAUUGAACCCCUGAAUGUAUAUGAGAUAAAGGUUUGGCCCAGCAAUUGUGAAGCUGCUGCGUCAUCAGUCACUGUCUAUAUUGAUUGGUACUGCCAAUUUCCUGGUUGUGAAAGAAGCAGACGCAAGAGGGAGGAGAAAUCUUACUCUGCGUUCUGUAGUCCUAAACAUGCAGCUAAGUUUGGUGCCAGCUACUGUUUGUAUCCUGAGUGCACAGUGAAAUCUCAUGACAAUUUCUGUUCUGAGAGGCACCUCGAGAAAGCAAAACGAGAAGGUGUUUGUGGACUGGUAAUUCUGGACAAUGCGAGUGGGCAGUGUGAAAAACUAAUGAAAAAAUUUUCAAAGAAUUGGUGUUCUAAGAAAGGAAAUGUGCCUAAGAUAUCCCACGUUUUCGAAAUUGUGAAUCCAAAACUGCAGCAGAGAUUAGACAACUAUAUCUCGAAGCUAUCGUGGCCAUACAAUGGAGUGGAACAGUACUACCACGGAACCCAGAUCAAGUGUGACAUGCUGGAUUACUAUGAGCCCUGUUCCAAAUCUAACUGUGGGGUGUGCGGCAUUUCAAAGAGAGGUUUUGACCCUCAGCGGAUAAACAGUACCUCGUGGCAGAGGUUUGGAAAAGGUUUCUACUUUGCUCCCAAUUCCUCAAAAUCCUACGACUAUCCUCGUGCCACUCACAAUGUUACCGACAAGUACCACUGCAUGUUAGUGUGUGACAUCGCUCCUGGAUGCAAGUAUACUCUGUACAAGGAUGACCCAUCAAUUCAAGGUCCUCCUAAGGGAUAUCAUUCGAUUUACGGAAGCUCCCGAUGGCUUUGGGGACUAUGGAAGAGUCCAGAUAUGAACUAUGACGAGCUGGUGGUGUUCGACUCGGAGGCAAUUAGACCACACUACAUUCUCUUUCUUGAGAACAACUCAUGA